GAAAUUGUAAUAAAUGCAAACUAUCGUUGUUCGAAAAAGCGAUGUUCAACUGUAUAUCGGCGUGACAUGCAUGGUUGCCUCUCCCCAACUUUUAUCGCUUGAUGGAUGGUUGCCUCUCCCCAUCUUUAAUCGCUUGAUGGAUGAUUGCCGCUUGGUAUAUAUGUUCGUUGUAAAACACUAUCUUUAUUAAAAUUUCGAUAUUUACACACUAAACAGCGGUCCAAGAUGAUGAAAUGUGUGCUUUUUGUUGCUCUACUGGGCUAUUUAAACACUGUCUGCGCCCUAAGCUACAAUUAUUUUGAUGAGAUGGCACAGAAUUAUUGCGCUGCAAAAGGCACAGGUUGGACGUUCAGUUUGCGAAGGGAUUGUGGAGGCGUGGGUCCAACGUGCAACGAUAUCUGCACAUCAGCAACGACAGAGAUUCUUACCACCACCAGAAAUCAACAAACCAAAGUUGCGUGUUUCGAUGCCUUAUAUAUAAAUAAGCAUCACAACAAACUAGUCGAUAAUCCUACACUUUCGCAGCCUGACGCAGGAAAGGUUAGUUUCGCCACCUAUGGAUAUGGAGGCAGCGGAUGUUCCUGGAGACCUAAUCAUUGUGGACCAAACUAUUGCUGUUGCCGAGCAUUCUCUUAAAAAAAGGACGAUGGUCGAAAAAGGCUACAUUGCAUUAUACAAUUAUUGCUGUUAAAGGACAACGUGUAUAACUGACGGUAUAUGUACACAAUGAGAAUGAUAUGUAGCAUGCGUUGUAACCAUGAUUAAGAAUUGUUCUCUAUAUUUCGUAGUUUUAGAUUAAAGUAAGCUGUCAAACAAAAUGACGCCAUUUGUUUUACUUGUUAUGAAUAUUAGUAUUCUAAAGUUUAUGAUAAUAUGUCUUUGAUAUAGAUAUAUGUGGUGUAUCGUAUAUUUGGAAUAUGCUUGUAAUAGAUUUUUAAAACU